AUGGCGCUUUAAUACUUUAAUCUAAAUGAGGAAGAAGACCAAAAUCUUUUAAGCUUUUUGAGCCCAUACGAUAAAGGUUCUGAUUGUAUCAUUAUUCAUCCAGGUUCACACUCAAUAAAAUUUGGAUUAUCCACCUAGAUGUAGCCUUUUAUAGCCCCAAACGUAAUUGCUUAUCCAAACAAAAAUGGCAAAAAAUUAAAUGAGUUCGAUAAACUUAAGAAUUUGGAGGAGCAAAGACAAUAAAUGUUUGACUAGUAAAUUGAUAGGCUACUACCUGAGGUGGAACAUAAUUUAAGAAAGAAAAGAUUUUUACUAAUAGAUGCCAAGAGUGCUAAAAAUAUAAGGAAUAAAUAAGUCAGUUUUAAGGUGUUCGAUGAGUCUAACUCUGUUAAUGAUUAUUAUGAUCCUGACAUACCAUUCGACAUUAAUAAUUAAAACCUUAUGAGCUCUGAUUUAAAUGAGGAUAUUUCAGGGGAGAAAGCAAAAUAUUUGAAUCGACCAGAGACCUAGGAUGAGAAUACUGGCAAAAGGCCAUAUGUAAUUGGCAAAGAAGCCCUAGCUUUGAACCCAAAUGAAGAGUAUACAUUUAGAUAUCCUAUAAGAUAUGGAGAUUUUAAUGUUUCAAAUACCUAUAAUAUUAAUGAGUGCUGCUAGGAUCUUGAGAAUAUAAUUGAAUAUCUUAUCACAAAAUAUAUGUGCUUGCCAAAGAAAAAUUUUGAGUAUUUCAAUUGCAUCUUGAUUAUUCCAGACUUAUUUGUAAAGCAUCAUGUUAGAUAUAUGGUAAAUAUGCUGUUGUCAAGAUUAAAAUUUAAGAGUAUUUUCAUUCACAAUGAAAGUGUGAUGUCUACCUAUGCUAUGGCUUUACCAAGUGCUUGCGUUGUCGAUAUUGGAAGUAGCAAGAUCAGUGUAUGUUGCGUUGAUGAAGGUUUGAUUGUUCCUAAAUCUAUUAUUAGGAAGCAUUUUGGAGGCUCUGAUAUCGAUGAGAUACUUUACAGAUUUAUUAACAGAUAGAAAGCGUUGCAUUACUUCCCUAAAAAUAUUCUAAACAUGGAAUCAUAUUUGCAUAGAAGUCAAAUCUAACAUAUUAAAGAACAAUAUGGCCUUACUGUUAUGGAUUAAGGAGAAAUUGUAAAAACAUGCAACAUUUGGAUAAAAGAGAAAACAUCAAAUAGAAAUAAACUUAAAUGCACUCAAGCUACUUUUAAUUGCUCGGAUGCCUUACUUUUAGCUCCAUAAAGUCUCUUUUACUCAUAAAUUCUUGGUUUGCAUAAAUAGAUAAAAGAUGAAACAAGUGGGCCUAAAUAUGGAGAUCCAAUGAUGGUAGUUCAAGGAUUUUAAGAUCCCGAAGAUAUAAUUUAUGACAUUCUUUAUAAUAUGAAUACUCAAAAUCAGGUAAACUAAAACUAGAACAUCGCUUCUAACAAUGCUGCUUUGUCUAAAAUAGUUCAAAAUUAAAGAGAAAUAGAAUCUGGAGGUAAUACUCCAUCUGCGAGUAUGAAUCAAGAUGCUCAAUCAGAAAUCGGCGAUGGAGAAUCUGAAAAUUUAGGCGACAAGUAGUAGGCUGCAGUCUCAAUUUAUCAAUAAAUGGAUGAACCAAUGGAUUUGGAUGAAAUAAUUUGUAGAAGCAUUUGCAGUAAUGAAAAUAUUGAAGUUAGAAGAAAGAUGGCCAAUUAAAUCAUUAUAGUUGGAGGAACUACAAAAACUAAGAACUUUAUUGAUUCACUGGAGGAAGCAGUUAUGGAUAAAUUUUCUUCUUAGUUUGAUGAGAAUGUUGAAAGGGUUAAUGUUGAGUAGUUCAAUGUUUAACAACAUUAAUAAUUCCUUUAGUAAUAAAUGAUCCUUUAAAAUGCUGGAUAGGGCCAAGAUAUGAGUGCUGAGUCUUUAAGAAUAGAUCCACGAUUUGUAAGUUGGAUGGGAGCAUCAAUCAUACCAAAACUAGAAUCUUCAAAGGACAUGUUUAUUUCUCGAGAUAAAUUCCUAAUUGAAUUCAGAGCUUACAAAGAUAAUUUUUAGGAGCUCCGUUAAGUCUAAAUAUAGCAAUCACUCGAAGCUAUGAAAAAUGAAUAAGAGGAAAAGAAAAAUAAUGCUUAGAAUUAAGCUGAUGAUAACUAGAUGGUAAUUGAUUAGAAAAAUGUUAACCCUGAAGAAUAGGGACAACUUACAGCUAUUUAAAUAGAAUAAAUUGAGAAGGAAGUGGCAAGAAAAUUAAAGAAGGAAAGAAAUCUGGAAGCAGGAGUAAAGAAUAUAAGGGAAAAGGUACCAUUUCACUUUUGA